AUGCGAGGCUCCUCCCUCCUCCCAAAACGACUCCGCUCACUGGGCAAAAGCGACAGCUGGUUGAACCGUACUCUCACAUCUGGUCUACUUGCACUCUCGCAUACUGCCUGUCAGCACCCGAUCCACACUAUUGUCGCCAUUGCUUUGCUUGCCAGCACCUCGUACGUUGGUCUACUUCAAGAGAGCCUGUUUGAUACUGGCGCGAAAUCGAUACAGUACAAUGGCGGAGUCGAUGUGGAAGCACUGUUGAAAGGCAGUCGCACGCUAGAAUUGUCCGAGAAGACUGCAUGGAAGUGGAAUUUUGCAGACGACUUUCCUCACUCUGGAGUUCCACAGGUAUUACUGGGAGCCGAUCAUCAUGCUCUCGUCACAUUUGUUUUCCCGGACUCUUCAUCACUGCAGCUGGCGCCUGAAGCUCAUGCCGUACCUACACCGGCCAACAUCACAGCCACCAACAUCCCGACAACAUCCAAUGUUCUCUCGCCGAUAUCGCACGACACCUCGCUUGCCUUUUAUACAUCCUUCUCCGAGGUCGGCGAUUUUCUCAGAGCAGCGCAGGAGCUCCCAGCCCGAAACACCGCAUCAAGCGAUGAUAGUCAUGCUGUGUGGGUCAUGAAGGCUGCCCGGUUGAAUGGCAAUGGCUCUCGCGGGUCAUACAGGGCCUGGCUCAGUGAGGGCUGGACCUCGUUCGUGGACUUAAUCAAGCACGCCGAGACGCUGGACAUCAUCAUCAUGUCUCUAGGUUAUUUGUCGAUGCACCUAACCUUCAUCUCGUUAUUUCUUUCGAUGAAGCGGCUUGGGUCUAAUGCUUGGCUGGCCAUCUCCGUUUUGUUCUCCAGCCUUUUUGCGUUCCUAUUUGGAUUAGUCACCACCACCAAGCUGGGAGUUCCAGUUAACAUGGUAUUGCUAUCAGAAGGCCUGCCGUUUCUCGUUGUCACCAUUGGAUUUGAAAAGUCAAUCAUUCUGACAAAGGCUGUGCUCUCUGCCUCCUACGACACCAAGCGGCGACCGGUCACUGGAUCGGCAAAUGCUGCCUCAUCAGUCGCUCCAGUCAUGCCGAACUCUAUUCAAGAAGCAAUCCAGAUGGCUGUCAAAGACACAGGCUUCGAAAUUGUGCGGGACUAUGCCAUCGAGAUUGCUGUUCUGAUUCUUGGUGCGGCCUCCGGGAUCCAGGGCGGGCUUCGGCAAUUCUGUUUCCUUGCAGCCUGGAUUCUGGCGUACGAUUGCUUCCUACUAUUUACUUUCUACACUACAAUCUUGUGCAUCAAGCUUGAAAUCAACCGCAUCAAGCGACACGUCGCCCUUCGUAAGGCUCUUGAGGAAGACGGCAUCAACCAGCGUGUGGCCGAGAAUGUCGCCACAAAUAACGACUGGCCCAGUGGGCAGUCCGAACAGGGAGCAGGUUUUAACAUCUUUGGUCAAAAGAUCAAGGCUAGCAGUGUACCGAAGUUCAAGAUUUGGAUGGUGACCGGGUUCAUCAUCAUCAAUCUCGUCAACCUUUGUGAGAUUCCCUUCCGCACUGCCAGCAGUAUCAAGGCUCCCGGUGCAACUAUACCAAGUGUGUUGACUCCAGCGCCUAUUGAUCCCUUCAAAGUCGCGGAGAACGGUUUGGACGCCAUAUAUGUUGCCGCGAAGAGCAAGAAGAUUGAAACCUUCGUCACAGUCUUACCGCCUGUUAAAUAUGAACUGGACCAUCCGUCUCUACAUCGGCCUGGCACGCAAGAGGACCUAGGCUUCUUUGACUACGAGUAUACAGAUCAAUUCCUCAAUGUGGUAGGUGGCCGCGUUAUUGAAGGUGUCCUGAAGAGCCUCGAAGACCCGGCCCUCAGCAAAUGGGUGCUUAUAGCUUUGACACUGAGUUUGAUCCUGAACGGAUAUCUAUUCAACGCAGCACGGUGGAGCUUAAAAGAGCCACAAUCGCCAACGAGCUCGCCAUCUGCGACGAAUCCACCACAACUAGAACUGCCCCAGACGCCAAAACCCAAGCCAGUCAGGCUUGAUAUUGCAAACACUUCAAACAGAUCUCAAGCCGAGAUUGAGCAAAUGCUCAAAGAGAAACGGGCGGCCUUUCUCACAGACGAAGAAUUGAUUGAUCUAUCGCUAAGGGGCAAAAUUCCAGGCUAUGCAAUUGAGAAGACCUUGGAGCAUCCUGAAGCCAUGACACGGUUGGAAUCCUUCGUCCGCGCUAUCAAGGUUCGGAGAGCUGUGGUCUCGAGGACACCAGCUACCAAACGCUAUGCUGCUGUUUUGGAAUCAUCGAAAACCCCCUACAAGGACUACAACUACGAACUUGUCCACGGUGCAUGUUGUGAGAAUGUGAUCGGCUAUCUGCCUCUACCGUUAGGUGUUGCGGGCCCUUUGACAAUUGAUGGCCAGAGCUACUUCCUGCCAAUGGCAACUACUGAAGGUGUCCUGGUGGCCAGCGUAAGUCGGGGUUGCAAAGCCAUAAACGCCGGUGGUGGCGCGGUCACGAUUGUCACCGGUGAUGGCAUGACACGAGGCCCCUGUGUCGGCUUUCCAACCCUUGCCCGAGCUGCAGAAGCUAAGGUAUGGCUGGAUUCGGAAGAAGGCGGACGGCGAAUGCGCGAGGCAUUCAACUCGACCAGUCGCUUUGCACGACUACAGUCGCUGAAAACGGCUUUAGCAGGGACCUACCUCUAUAUUCGGUUCAAAACAACAACAGGCGAUGCUAUGGGUAUGAAUAUGAUAUCGAAGGGAGUUGAAAAGGCGCUUUCCGUGAUGUCAAAUGAAUGCGGCUUUGAUGAUAUGUCGACGAUAACAGUAUCGGGCAACUACUGCACUGACAAGAAACCGGCAGCUAUCAACUGGAUUGACGGUCGAGGCAAGGCCGUCGUCGCUGAGGCCAUCAUUCCCGGCGACGUGGUUCGCAGCGUCCUCAAAAGCAAUGUGGAUGCUCUGGUGGAGCUCAACAUCGCUAAGAACCUGAUCGGCAGUGCAAUGGCGGGCAGCAUCGGGGGGUUCAAUGCUCAUGCCUCUAAUAUUGUCGCAGCCAUGUUCUUGGCCACGGGCCAGGAUCCCGCUCAAGUUGUGGAGAGUGGCAAUUGCAUCACAGUUAUGAAGAACAACAAUGGGAAUCUUCAAAUCAGUGUCUCUAUGCCCUCCCUUGAGGUCGGUACCAUCGGCGGAGGAACGAUCCUUGAAGCACAAUCGGCGAUGCUCGAGAUGCUUGGAGUUCGAGGAGCGCACCCGACCAACCCAGGCGACAACGCCCGCCAACUGGCCAGGAUCAUUGGUGCCGGCGUUCUUGCAGGGGAGCUCAGUCUGUGUAGUGCACUCGCUGCGGGCCAUCUCGUCCGGGCACAUAUGGCACAUAACCGCAGCGCUGCUCCUACUAGAACAUCAACACCGGUAUCUGCAGCGAUGGAGCCCUUCCUUCGAGCGCAAAGCGGGCCUGGCAUUCCACCUUCGCUCAAAAUGACGAACGGGAGAUGA